AGCGCGCGGCUGCCGAGCUGCCGGGGGCCGGGGCGGCGGGGCAGGGGCAGCGCGGAGCCGCGGCGUUCUCGGUGGCAGCGCAGGUGUCAGGAGCCGCGUGCGGUCGAUGGCGACGCCGGGAGCCGCCGGGGGGUGACCGCCUCCUUCCUGCGCUGGCGGCGAGGCGAGCGCGGGGCCGCAGCUGCGGCAGCAGCGCCAUGUGCCAGCGCCGCCGCGAGGGACCGGGGAGCCGGCAGCUGCCACCCCCGCGGGGGCUGCGGGCACGGCGGGCGGGGAGCACCCCAAGGAUGGGGGCUUUGGGCUUUGCAGGUGCCGGGGCUGAGGGUGGUCGCAGCGCGGCUUUUGGUGGGAUUUGGGGUGCAGCGUGUCCCCAUCAGUCAGGAUGGCUGUGGGCAGGCUCCAGCAGCGGAGUUGGAGGCACGGGGGGGUAGAGGAAGGGCCCCCGCAGGCCAGGUGCUGUGGGGGGGCUGUCUCCCCCCGGGGACAUCCGGGUGGCAGCCCACUGUGGCGGGCUGUGUGACGCCAGAAGCGGAGGCGAGCCUCAUAUUUGGGCACGGAGCAGGUUAUUGGAGGCCGCGGCCCCGCAGCCGGGAGAUGAGGCCCUGAUAAAGGGUGCCCUGGUGCUGCUGCUGCCUCCGUUGGCUCGGGCGCUGCCCAGACAUCCCCUGGCUGCGCGGGGCUCGGCGCCGGGGCCAUGGGGCCGAUGGCGGCGCUGGGGCUGCUGGUGUGCGCGCAGCUGUGUGCGGGCUCCGGGGAGCUGCGUCUGGUGGGCGGCGGCGGGCGCUGUGCCGGGCGCGUGGAGGUGAAGCACGGCGGGGAGUGGGGCUCCGUCUGCGUCUACGACUUCGACUGGGAAGCCCAUUGGGCCAUCGUGGUGUGCCGGCAGCUGGGCUGUGGCCAGGUGGCCAAGGCGUCCACGUACGCCCCGUUCGGGCAGGGCACCGGGCGCAUCUGGCUCCAGCCCGUGUGCCGCGGCACCGAGGAGGCGCUGGAGAAGUGUCCGCACUUCGGGUGGGGACAGCACUUCUGCGGCCACGAGUCGGAUGCGGGGGUGACCUGCAGAGAUGCCGUGGAGCUGAGGCUGGCGGGCGGCGGCAGUCCCUGCGCCGGGAGGGUGGAAGUGAAGCUGCGGGGACGCUGGGGCUCGGUGGCAGAUGACUUCUGGGACAUGGAGGACGCCGAGGUGGUGUGCCAGCAUCUGGGCUGUGGCUCGGCUGCCGGUGCCUACUCUGCCUUCGAGAUCUUUGGUGCAGGGGAUGGGCCCAUCAAUCUGGCCAGGGUGGAAUGCAAAGGAAAUGAGUCCACUCUCUGGGACUGCGGGAUCCGUGGCUGGGGUCCCUAUUAUUUCGACCAUGAUUGGGACACUGCUGUUACUUGCCAAGGAUUUUCCCGGCUGGUCGGAGGUGAUGGAGCGUGUGCCGGGCGGCUGGAGGUACGUCAGGGCCGGGCCUGGGUGGGUGUCUGCGAGGAUCAGGUGGACAUGAAGGUGGCGCAGGUGGUUUGCCGGGAGCUGGGCUGUGGAGCGGCGCUCUCCAUCCCCGGCAGCGAGCGAUUUGGGGCAGGAUCGGGGCCGCUCUGGGACGGGGGCUUGCAGUGCAAUGGCACCGAGCCCCUCCUCAGCGCCUGUGCCCGGCAUCGGCCCCACAGCCAGGGCUGCAGCACCGGCCCUGCCAGCGUCAUCUGCUCCCCCUACACGGGCUUCCGGCUGGGCAACAGCAGCUCGGGAUGCACCGGGCGGGUGGAGGUGGCAGUGAGGGGGACGUGGGGCUCCGUGUGUGCCAGCGAGUGGGAGCUGGCCGAUGCGCACGUCCUGUGCCGCCACCUGGGCUGCGGCCGCGCCUUCACCGUGCCCCCGGGAGGCUCCUUUGGCAGCGGGGACGGGCCACUGCGGCCGGACGCCUUCGGCUGCAGCGGGAGCGAGCGGCACCCGGGCGAGUGCCCCGUGGCCGUGCUGGGGAAGCCCCCCUGUGCCCCCGGAAACGCCGCUGCCGUCAACUGCUCAGGUGUGUACGGCACCUGCGGGAGGUGCUUUAAGGGCUAUUGGGACCCCCUAAGAAUUGGGAGCAGAGGAUGCAGGGAUGUUGGAGUGAAGCAUGGUCUGAGCCAGGUGCCACAGCCCCAUGCUUCUGCUGGUGAUUUUGCAGGUGUUGGUGGCUACGUCGAGUCCCUGCGGCUGGUGGAGGGUCAGAGCUUUUGCGAUGGGCGGCUGGAGGAGACCAUAACCAGCCCGGCAUGGCGCCGUGUGCCUGUGGAGCAGUGGAACUCAUGGGAUGUCCACAUGGUUUGUGCAGUGCUGGGCUGUGGCGUUCCCAAGGACGUUAACACCUCCUUGGGUACGGCCACUGUCGUGAGCAGCAGCCCCAGCGAGAUGGACAUCAUGACUGAAGAGACGGACAUUUUGGACGUGGGUUCUGCGCUGACCAGCAGCCGUGAGAAGAUGGAUGAUGUAGUGGAGAACAUGGACGAUGUCUCAGGGAUGGGCCCUGCACCAACCAGCAGCCCUGAGGGGAUGGUCAUCGUCUGCUCAGGCAGCCGGCGGGUGAGGCUGGUGGGGAGCUCUGGGCGCUGCGCCGGGCGCGUGGAGGUCUAUUCCGGUGGCACGUGGAGCGCCGUCUGCCAGGAAGGCUGGGAGCUGCGGGACGCCGCCGUUGUCUGCCGGGAGCUGGGCUGUGGCACGGCGCUGGAGGCACCGAGCUCGGCGCGCUUCGGUGCCGGCCCGGGGCCGCUGUGGCCGUACAUCCCUGCCUGCUCCGGGAGCGAGGAGUCUCUCUGGGAAUGCGGGCGUUCGGAAGGGCGCGAGUGCGGGCGUGGCGGCGGGGCAGGGGCCGUCUGCUCAGAGCAGCUCUCCGUGCGGCUGGCGGGCGGCCGCGGGCGCUGCCGCGGGUUCCUGGAGGUGUCCCACAACGGCACCUGGGGCCGCGUGUGCGCCGACGGCACCAGCCCCGGCACCGCCAACACCGUCUGCCAACAGCUGGGCUGUGGGCCCCGGGGCUGGCUGUCGGCCGUCCCCGCCCAGCAGCCGGCCCCCGCCUGGCUGGCCUGGGUGGGCUGUGAGGACGGGGCCCGCUCGCUCUGGGGGUGCCCCUCGGCACCCUGGAAUCUGCAGAGCUGCGGCCCAGGCGGGGACGCCCACGUGGCUUGUGAUGGGGACAGUGAUGGCAUCGCUGAGACGGACACUACCCCGCAUCCCGACGGUGCCACGAGCACAGGUGUCCGUGGCAGCACAGCCGCAGCGGUGACCGCGGGGACUGUGCCUGUGCCAACUGUCCUGUGCGUGGUGCUGGGGACGCUGCUGUGCGUGGCCCUGGGCGCCCUGGCCGUGCUGCUGUGCCGUGCCCGCGCCUGGCGCCGAGGCCCUGGCAGAGCUGCAGAUGCCGUCUCCAACGCUGUCUACGAGGAGCUGGACUACACCGCGAUGCCGGAGUACCAGGAGGUGCCCAGUCGCCCGGGUUCCCUGUCAGAGGGGUCGGUGAAGAAGCUGCCCUAUUACACCGGCGACAGCGUGGAGGGGAGUGACACCGAGGCAAGCCCAGAGCCCCCUGCCCGGCCCGAGCACGGAACCCCGGAUGGCUACGACGAUGCCCUGGGUGUGCCACAGGAGCCCCCUGCUCCCAGCACUGGGGACAUCUCCGAGGGCGUGGCACAGAGGAGGUGGAUCUGUGUCCUCCCCACAGGUGGGAUCUACUCCCCUCCGAGUGCCCCAGGAGCCACCAGGACCCCCUCGGAACAGCCGCCGGUGCACACAGACUAUGAUGAUAUGGCAGAUGGGAUGCCGCAGCUGCUGGCAGAGCUGCAGGAUGCCGUGGGCUCCCAGCUCGUUGUCCCUCAGGUCCAGGCAGGUGAGACGGGGCCCCUGCAGCAGCCGCGCGGCCAGCGCUGGGCACAGCAGGCGCCCGACAGCCGGCAGCUGCCCAGCCUGUGGGGCCGAGGGAAACAGGGAAGGAGCGCUUUGGCCUCGGCUCGCAGCCACCCAGCCGCACACCGCCCUCCGCUUCGGGUGCCCGCACCCACCGGCCCCGCUUUGGGCUCCGUGCCGUGCGUGCGUCUCUCAGCGGAGCAGGUCCGGGCCACUGCCCGGUGCCGCAGUGCCCGGCAGCGCGGAGGGACGGGGCAGGGCAGCUCCUCCGUGCCGCCGCCGCCGCGCAGCGAGGGACCGCGGGACGUUCUGCUGGGACCCUCUCUAGAGGCACCAGCUCGGGCUGUUUCUGUGUUGCUGCGCCUGCGGGAAGUGGAUUUAUCGAGGGAGACACCUGCGACUGUGUUCCGCGAGGUCUGGGUGUGGGAGUGUGUGUUUGGGGAGGCAGCGGGGCCGGCGCGGGUCACUGGAGCCGCGGCUGUGAAGGGGCGGCGGCGCCAGCAGCGAGAGUGGAUUCCUGCGCUGGGAGCGUGCUGGCAGAGCCUGGUGAAUGGCUCCGGGGAGCUGCGUCUGGUGGGCGGCGGCGGGCGCUGUGCCGGGCGCGUGGAGGUGAAGCACGGCGGGGAGUGGGGCUCCGUCUGCGUCUUCGACUUCGACUGGGAAGCCCAUUGGGCCAUCGUGGUGUGCCGGCAGCUGGGCUGUGGCCGGGUGGCCAAGGCGUCCACGUACGCCCCGUUCGGGCAGGGCACCGGGCGCAUCUGGCUCCAGCCCUUCUUCUGCCGCGGCACCGAGGAGGCGCUGGAGGAGUGUCCGCACUUCGGAUGGGGACAGCACUUCUGCGGCCACGAGUCGGAUGCGGGGGUGACCUGCAGAGAUGCCGUGGAGCUGAGGCUGGCGGGCGGCGGCAGUCCCUGCGCCGGGAGGGUGGAAGUGAAGCUGCGGGGACGCUGGGGCUCGGUGGGAGAUGACUUCUGGGACAUGGAGGACGCCGAGGUGGUGUGCCAGCAUCUGGGCUGUGGCUCGGCUGCCGGUGCCUACUCUGCCCUGGAGCGCUUUGGUGCAGGGGAUGGGCCCAUCAAUCUGGCCCGGGUGGACUGCAAAGGAAAUGAGUCCACUCUCUGGGACUGCGGGAUCCGUGGCUGGGGUCCCUAUUAUUUCGACCAUGAUUGGGACACUGCUGUUACUUGCCAAGGAUUUUCCCGGCUGGUCGGAGGUGAUGGAGCGUGUGCCGGGCGGCUGGAGGUACAUCAGGGCCGGGCCUGGGUGGGUGUCUGCGAGGAUCAGGUGGACAUGAAGGUGGCGCAGGUGGUUUGCCGGGAGCUGGGCUGUGGAGCGGCGCUCUCCAUCCCCGGCAGCGAGCGAUUUGGGGCAGGAUCGGGGCCGCUCUGGGACGGGGGCUUGCAGUGCAAUGGCACCGAGCCCCUCCUCAGCGCCUGUGCCCGGCAUCGGCCCCACAGCCAGGGCUGCAGCACCGGCCCUGCCAGCGUCAUCUGCUCCCCCUACACGGGCUUCCGGCUGGGCAACAGCAGCUCGGGAUGCACCGGGCGGGUGGAGGUGGCAGUGAGGGGGACGUGGGGCUCCGUGUGCGCCAGCGAGUGGGAGCUGGCCGAUGCGCACGUCCUGUGCCGCCACCUGGGCUGCGGCCGCGCCUUCACCGUGCCCCCGGGAGGCUCCUUUGGCAGCGGGGACGGGCCACUGCGGCCGGACGCCUUCGGCUGCAGCGGGAGCGAGCGGCACCCGGGCGAGUGCCCCGUGGCCGUGCUGGGGAAGCCCCCCUGUGCCCCCGGAAACGCCGCUGCCGUCAACUGCUCAGGUGUUGGUGGCUUCGUCGAGUCCCUGCGGCUGGUGGAGGGUCAGAGCUUGUGCGAUGGGCGGCUGGAGGAGACCAUAACCAGCCUGGCAUGGCGCCGUGUGCCUGUGGAGCAGUGGAACUCAUGGGAUGUCCACAUGGUUUGCGCAGUGCUGGGCUGUGGUGUUCCCAUGGACGUUUACAUCUCCUUGGGUACGGUCACUGUUGGGGGCGGCAGCAGCCCCAGCGAAAUGGACAUCAUGACUGAAGAGAUGGACAUUUUGGACGUGGGUUCUGCGCUGACCAGCAGCGGUGAGAAAAUUGAUGAGGAGAUGGAAUAUGUCACAGGGACAGGCCUUGCAACAACAAGACGCCAUGAGAAGAUGGGUGAGGAGCUGGAGAACAUGGAUGAUGUCUCAGGGAUGGGCCCUGCAUCAAUCACCAGGCCUGAGGAGUUGGUCAUUGUCUGCUCAGGCAGCCGGCGGGUGAGGCUGGUGGGGAGCUCUGGGCGCUGCGCCGGGCAGGUGGAGGUCUAUUCCGGUGGCACGUGGAGCGCCGUCUGCCAGGAAGGCUGGGAGCUGCGGGACGCCGCCGUUGUCUGCCGGGAGCUGGGCUGUGGCACGGCGCUGGAGGCACCGAGCUCGGCGCGCUUCGGUGCCGGCCCGGGGCCUCUGUGGCCGUACAUCCCCGACUGCUCCGGGAGCGAGGAGUCUCUCUGGGAAUGCGGGCGUUCGGAAGGGCGCGAGUGCGGGCGUGGCGGCGGGGCAGGGGCCGUCUGCUCAGAGCAGCUCUCCGUGCGGCUGGCGGGCGGCCGCGGGCGCUGCCGCGGGUUCCUGGAGGUGUCCCACAACGGCACCUGGGGCCGCGUGUGCGCCAACGGCACCAGCCCCGGCACCGCCAACACCGUCUGCCAACAGCUGGGCUGUGGGCCCCGGGGCUGGCUGUCGGCCGUCCCCGCCCAGCAGCCGGCCCCCGCCUGGCUGGCCUGGGUGGGCUGUGAGGACGGGGCCCGCUCGCUCUGGGGGUGCCCCUCGGCACCCUGGAAUCUGCAGAGCUGCGGCCCAGGCGGGGACGCCCACGUGGCUUGUGAUGGGGACAGUGAUGGCAUCGCUGAGACGGACACAACCCCCCAUCCCGACGGUGCCACGAGCACAGGUGUCCGUGGCAGCACAGCCGCAGCGGUGACCGCGGGGACUGUGCCUGUGCCAACUGUCUUGUGCGUGGUGCUGGGGACGCUGCUGUGCGUGGCCCUGGGCGCCCUGGCCGUGCUGCUGUGCCGUGCCCGCGCCUGGCGCCGAGGCCCUGGCAGAGCUGCAGAUGCCGUCUCCAACGCUGUCUACGAGGAGCUGGACUACACCGCGAUGCCGGAGUACCAGGAGGUGCCCAGUCGCCCGGGUUCCCUGUCAGAGGGGUCGGUGAAGAAGCUGCCCUAUUACACCGGCGACAGCGUGGAGGGGAGUGACACCGAGGCAAGCCCAGAGCCCCCUGCCCGGCCCGAGCACGGAACCCCGGAUGGCUACGACGAUGCCCUGGGUGUGCCACAGGAGCCCCCUGCUCCCAGCACUGGGGACAUCUCCGAGGGCGUGGCACAGAGGAGGUGGAUCUGUGUCCUCCCCACAGGUGGGAUCUACUCCCCUCCGAGUGCCCCAGGAGCCACCAGGACCCCCUCGGAACAGCCGCCGGUGCACACAGACUAUGAUGAUGUCGGCAGCAGCGCCCUGGGGCCGUCGCCAUGAGGAUGCCGCAGCCCUGGGGACACGUGUGUGGCGCUGUGCUGGGGCCCUGUCCCCAGGAAGGGGUGGCCCUGCCCACAGAGGUCACGCCUCCCUGUGCAGCAGUGCAGGAAAACAGCUCCUGAUUUUCUUUGAUUUCUGUCUGAAUUUCCUUUUUUUCCUAUUAAAACACAAACUGGUCAUAGACUCAUA